CACACGCGGCACGGCUGUGCAGGUUGCGUCAGACUCCCUCCCCUCUGUCUGUGUCUGUCGGUCAGGGCUCGCGCUGUGUGUGAUUAGUCGCCAUGGUGGCCGCUCCCGGUUUCAGCAGCUCACACGGCGCCUCGGCUCCAGCCUAAUGUGUGACCGGGACACGUCCUCCUCCCCGGGGCUCCGGGCGCUGCUCGGCCGCCUCCUGCACGGCCUGCUCCCCUACCGCCUGCUCCAGCUGCUGGGAGCGGCCCUGUCCUACCUGAUCGGACCGUGGGGGGACGCCAUCCUCUCCUUCCUCAGCCCUGACUGCGUCCUGUCCGCGCCGGGGGAGGAGGCCGGCUUCCAGGACAUGAUGGAGGUGCUGUUCAGCCCCGGCCCCGGCGGCAUGGUGUCCUGGGUGGAGGGUAAGGGGCUGGAGACAGACCCCCUGUGCGAGUUCCCCUCUCAGGGCGACAACUGUCUGCAGAUACAGUACUCCCCGGAGAAUGGCUUCUGCUUCCUGCACAAUAACCGGGCCUGGGAAGAGCUCGGCCCAAACAAGAGCCGGGCCUGGGAAGAGCUCGGCCCAAACAAGAGCCGGGCCUGGGAAGAGCUCGGCCCAAACAAGAGCCGGGCCUGGGAAGAGCUCGGCCCAAACAAGAGCCGGGCCUGGGAAGACCUCGGCCCGAACUGGCCCCAGGACCUGCUCAAAGAGUACAACCAGGUGAGCCCAACACUGCACGUGUCUAUAGGGGGUAUCAUUCUAGAUUUGAACCAGGACCUGCAAACAGCUGAAGAAAUAAUCACCGGUCUGCAUGAGAAGCUCCACAAGGAGAUGGCCGAACCGUGCCAGCUGGCUGCAGAUGUUCCCAGCCAUACUGAGAACUUAGGAGGAGACCAGGAGCUAAAACUAGUCCAGCAGCUGUCAAUCCCAUUAGACAGCCAGGAGCCUGCAGGAUGUCCAUUAAAUAAUGAUGACCUUAGCCCAGAUCAAGGCUACAGUAGUUUAGAAGAUUGGAAAUACUCAGAUCUUGUUUGUACUUCAAACAAGGUGCAAGCUGGCAUGCUAGAGGUCUGUGUGCCUGAUGGGGAUCAAGUGGCUUGCAACGUGCUAACAGAGCUACAGAACCUUAGUACAAAUGAAAAUGGAAUCAUUGAAUCCUGUCAGCAGGAUAGUGAUGAGUCUGACUCAGACCUUGAAGAGGAUGUACCAGUGUCCCAUCCAGUGUGUAACAAUAAAUAUAUUGGGUAUAUUUUGGGCACUGUAGUCAGCGAUGAGGAAAGUGAGGACUUGAGUUCUUGCUCAGAUGAGGAAAACUCAGCUGAUGAUGAUGGGUUUGACAGUGAAGGGUCUGUGUCAGAUACUGACAGUGGGGCUGAAGAUACAGAAGGAGUAGAACUUUGGAAUUCAUUUUAUACAGAAGAUCCUUAUAAUCCCCAAAACUUCAGUGCAGUACAGCAUACAGGUACAUCUGCUGAAGAAAUUUCACAUGUAGCUCAGGAGCGUGAGGAUGUCCCAUCAGAUGAAGAGUCAUGGUGUGAUAGUGAUGCUCUCUCCACUAGUGAUAGUGAAGAUGAAUGCUGUGUAGAUGAGGAGGAAAACCUUAAACUUUGGAACUAUUUCAAUAAGUCUGAUGACCCAUAUAACCCUCUAUGUUUUAAGGCAUCAGUUCAUUCAGCUGAUGUUAAAAGACAUCAAAGAGAUGGAACCAGCAAAAAUACCAUUUUUAUUUCGGAAAGCAUCCAAAACUGCAAAUUAUCUACUACUUGUUCCAAAGAAGAACUGCCACGGUUUAAUAAGAAACUUAUCUUGCCUGUGGAGAAUAGUUGUGCCAUUUUUUCAAAGAAAAAGGUAUAUACCCCAUUACAUAAAUUGUUGUGUAGCAGUACAUUUGUGAAUCCCAUGUGUAUAAUCAAUAUGAGGUUUCAUUUGCACUAUAGCCUUAUUGACCGUAUUCUAUUAGUGCAGGUUUAAGACUAUUUAGAUACAUAUUUUGGACUUCUGUCAGGAACCACCCAAAUAUCAGUAUGGUAAUGUUGGACUAAUCUCAACCUUACAUGUUUUAGAAUGGUAACUCACUUAUGACUCCUCUUGUGUAUACUACAGUGAUGGUUAAUUUUGAUUCACCAGGUAGCUGGCUGAGCAUCAUUGGUAAUAUAGUUGCAAUAGUGCCAAAGAUUAACCAUAACACAAUGCACACUGUAAGUUAACAGAAUGUAGCCUUAAAUAUUGAUGUUGCUUUAUAGUCCUUUUAAUAGUGAAGGUUUUUUUUUGUGUGUGUACAUAUACGCCCUAAUUUGAAUUAUAAAACAAACUGAAUGUUUCAUGAUUAUAGUUGCCAACAGACCUUCAGUGGACUGUUGGGGUUAUGGUGCUUGGUCCUUUAACCCCUUAAGGACACAUGACAUGUGUGACAUGUCAUGAUUCCCUUUUAUUCCAGAAGUUUGGUCCUUAAGGGGUUAAUCAUGGAAUGUAAAGGCUAAAGCAAGCUUAGCUGAUUUUAUCAAAGUAUGCUAAGAAGUGGUAAACAAAAUAGACAAGGGUUCACCACUGGAAUGGGCCUGCUGGUCACUCCACUUUACGUACUGUUGGGCUUUUAAUUUUUUAUUGUUUUUAAAUAAAACAAUAUGAGAAAUUUCCCCCUAAGUAUCUAUUACACUCAUGAAAUACUGAGCACUGCAGUUGCCAUUGUUCAUAGCCAGUUUUGCAACAUUUGGUUUUUAUUUUCCUUACUGUACCUUUUUUUUACUCAUUUUGUGACCUUUAGGUUUGCAGUACCCAGUUAUUACAUUUAGAGGUGUUUCACUACAACAAAGAUUUUCUUCAUCUUAAAGGGACAUGCAUCACUUUGAGACAACUGUCUCAAAAAGGUGGGGGUGGCGGGACAUGAAAAUAAACUUCUAGUUGACUCAUGCGCAAUAGCACAUUCUGACCAUGUUUAUAGUAGGUUUAUAAACUUUUACAUACUUUUCAAAAAUUCUUGUUUGGUUUGUACAUUUGAAGUUUUUGCUGACUAAAAUAAACUGUCAAAUGAUGUAUGUCCCUUUUUGAAGCUCCGAGGAAAUUUUACAUGAGUAAAUUCUAGAACAUGACUCUAGUCGAGUUUGACUAACUUUUGAAAUUGAGGAAUUUCCGCUAUUUAACUUGCAAAUGACACGUACCCUAUUUCAAAUGAAUGGAAAAUAUUUGUUAGUGCUGCUCAUGUAAGAAACUUCCAUUUCCUCCUUCCUUCUAGCAUUGCAGCUUACAGUCACUUGCCUUCUAGAAAAACUGCAUUGUUUGUGUUUUAGUGUCAUUGAACCUCUGGCAACCCAUUGAAAGACAUUGUAAAGUAGGAGAUAGCUCAAACUAAUAAUGUUCAACAAGAUCUAUAAUGGAGGAAAUAUAACUUAUCUGUGUAAAGCGGACCUAUUUCUUUUAAACUUUGCCCUUUGUUAAUGAGUUUUAGGACUCCGUCAAGUUGUCUAGGAAAUGUAUAAAUGUUUUUUAUAGAUACAUGGAAUAUGACCUAAUAUUGCAAUAUUUCCAUGUAUUAAAGGAGCACUAUAGUGUCAGGAAUACAAUCUAACUAGGUCACCACUCUCCCUCAGAGUACUUUUUUCCAACGCUUCAUCAAUGUUGUGGCUGCUGGCUCAAUAUUGAUGAUCUCAGCCAAUCCAAUGCUUUCUCAUAGAAAAGUAUUGGGAGGCUAUUGUGCAUGUGUGGCAAAAUGCUGGCUCAAUAUUGGGAACGUUCAGUAUCUCCACACAGGGUGUGUAGACACUAAACGCCAGUACUGCACACUGUACCAAUUGCCGUCUGAUGGCUAUAGUGUUGCUUUAAUUUUACCUUAGUCUAUAUUAUUUCUAAUGGUUUACUAAGGUUGUGGGAUCUGCCCAUAUGUUGGUAUUGUAACACCUUAUCUGACCGCAUAUCUUAAUCUGUAAUACCUUGGUACUUGUUUUGAUGUAAAGGUCAUUUUCAAUUGAUUUUAUUUUGGAGAUUUUACAGAACAAGUGCAGCUGUCAGUAAGAUUACCUUUUUCAACUGUAACAUGCAUAUUUUUGCAGGAAAAUUUUCUUUUUAAAAUCAUAUUCAUAUUUGUACUCUUCCAUUACACUAGUUCAGUCCCGCACUAGCUAAUAAAGCUAUAGUGCCACCUUGCUAGGCUAGUCUUUGAGAGCCAGUUUGUGAUUGUUAAAGGGAUACUAAUAUGCACCAAAACCACUUCAACUCAAUUAAGUGGUCUGGAUGCCAUUCAAAUCACUGAAGUUGACAUGGUGCUAAACAGUUUUCAAAUGAUCUCUCUUCACGAUAUGCUUUCUCUAUGCCAUCGAUCAUGUGCAAAGCAUAGGGUCUAGAACAAUAAUUGAAAGGGGCUCAGAUGGUGGAACACAUUCGACGGUCACUCAAUUCUUGCGCCCUAAUGCGGCUGCGUUUUCCGCCUUAUGGAUGCGCUGGCGCCUCUCACAUCGGCAAUAUCGGUACCAAUAGUGGCCGAUACCGAUAUUUGCCUAAACCUGGAAUAUCGACCGAUAUCUGUCUAUCCAUAUCAAGUAGCCUUAAAGAAAAUGUUUCACAUGUUUGUCACACGGCUAUAAAAUUUGUGCCAUUACCUUAUGAAAUGUACUUGUAAAGUUGUAGGCAAUCAUUUUGGAAAAUGCAUCUUUCAUUACUCCAUUUUGUUUUCACUUUCUAGUAUCUACUUAAUCUUAUAUGAGUGUGCAUGUCUAAAUAAUUUAGCGCGCCCUCUUUUAAAUACUGACAGAUUAGGUGCAAUAUGUAGGUGAAAGUACCAUGAAUUAUGUUUUUCUUCUUUUUGAUGCGGUUUCCAGUAUUGCUAAUGUUUUUUUCUGUACACGACUUUUCUUCUUCGGCUAGUUGUUGGCAGUUGUUAAGCUUUCUAGGCUACUAUUUUGUGCUAGAUUGAUUUUAGGUCUACAGUUUAAUGUGUUUCUAGUGUAAACAGACUGCACCUGCAGUUUCAGCAAUGCAAAUACUGCAUUUUCUGAGGGGCAAUGUAUGCAGAACCAAUGUUCAGUCUUGGCACUCAGAAUGAAGAUCCUUAACUCUUCCUGUAGAUCUGCAUCUCUACGAGGAAAUGCUGAUUAGCACUGAUUGUUGCACAUGUGCACUGGUCUCUAUUGGGAAAGCAGUGGAUUGGAAGAGAUCCGUAAUGCUACAGAGAGAGAGUAUUUAAAUCUAGCUUAUACUACAGGGUCGUUGAAUGCUUCAAUCUGGUUGAAGAACGUUCUAAGGUGUGCAUUAUUUUCAGGGAGACGCACGGCUAAAGUAGUUCCAGACAGGUUUUGACCGCAUUACAGUUGCGUAAGAAAUUAGUCCUGCAUACAAGAGCGUUUUAAUGACAAAAACUUGACAAAUGUCUUGAAAUACAUCUGAACAAUGUUUCGAGGUAAGGUAACUGUAGUAUAAGCGGAAUAAUUGACUCCAGGCCGUUGAAUUAUUAGAAAAAAAAUAACGCAUACCCGAGGUGUAACGGCCACUCCGCUUUGCGGUUGUGCAUUAUUUUUUUAAACAGCCUGUCGUCAAUUAUUCCUUAUCACAUGCUUCAUUGUAGUAAUAGGUUUUGUUCAAUUUUCUGGUUUUGUCAUUUAAUGCUUUAAGAUGUUACUCUAAGCAUCAUAACUACUACAUCCUUCUCUAGUGGCCAUGCCACAAUUACCAUGGCCCAGUUCCCCGGUAAUGGGGCAAAAUAUUAACAAACUUGCACCCAUACUCCUUGGUGGUCUGCAGUGCUGUAAAAGUCAGGUGCAGUCACCAUUCAUUAGCUGAGAGAAUCAGCUGACCACUCCUAGCCAACAAUGGACAUGCUGUGCAAGAAAGUUGCCAUAAAUUGACAGUUCUGAGCUGGCUGGCAUCUCAGUGAUGCUGGCAGCGGAAGUAGUUAAAUUCUGUUCAUACAGGUACCAGGACCACUUCAAAUCACUGUAGUGGUCUUGGUGCUUGGAAUAAUCCUUUACCCCCUUAAGGACCAAGCUUCUGGAAUAAAAUGGAAUCAUGACAUGUCAGACAUGUCAUGUGUCCUUAAGGGGUUAAACAUGCUAUUGAAGCAAGGUACAUAUUUGAUUUAAAGUGUUUCUUGUUUUUUUCUUUGUUUUUGUUUCCCUAAAAAUUGCAUAUCUGUAUAGUUUCAUGUCCAUACUCAACAACCUCAUAAUUGAAGAUGCGGAAUAAUGCUUAAAUAAAUUGAGUGACAUGUUGACAAGCAAGACUGUAUUACUUCUAAAAUCUCUUAAAUGUUCUAUAAAGGGCAAUUUUUGCAUUUUAUGACUUUGCUUAUGACAAAAAAUACACUGGCAUUCCAAAUAGGGGAUUAAUGUAUUCUUGGUGGAAUUGAUUCAGUUGUCAUGAACCUAUUAUUGUAACUUUAGAAGUCAUAGCGUAGCAUCACUGAUCAAGUCUCGAGAGAUAAGCCACAGACUGAUGCAAAGGACUGAAACAGAAAACCCACGGCGGGACCAAGCUGAUGUAACGCUAAGACAGACCGAGAAUUCUACAGGGAUGCGGUGUAGCAAGCACCACUCAUCUCAGGGAAAAUACAAUAGAAGGAUAAUUUAUACAGGAAAUACUACACCAAAACUAGGUCAUGUGGGAGAGCUUUUAUUUAUUUAUUUUCAGGUACCUCAGAGCACUAAUGUGAAUCUUCAUCAGAGGGGAUGGGUUGUGAGGAGACGAGUGGUAGGUUUAGAUUGUGCUUGUAGUAAAAGAACGUGGAUGGAGGAACUUAUGUUAGCAGUAUGUUUCAUCUAUUGCAUAAAAGGUUGCUUAUUUUUUAUUUUUAUUUUUUUUACAUUUAAAGGACCACUAUUGGCACCCAGACCACUUCAGCUCAAAGUUUUAACCCUUCAGCUGAAAACAUGGCAGUUUCAGAGAAACUGCUAUGUUUACAUUGCGGGUUAAUCCAGCCUCUAGUGGCUGUCUCACUGACUGCCGCUAGAGGCGAUUCUCACUGAAAAUCACAGCGAGAAGACGCUGACGUCCAUAGGAAAGCAUUGAUAAAUGCUUUCCUAUGGGCGGUUUGAAUGCACGCGCGGCUCUUGCCACGCAUGCGCAUUCGGCACUGACGUCGGCAGGAGGAGGAUAGUUCCCCGGCGCUGGAGAAAGCCCAGUGGUAAGGGGGCCGUUUGGGUGAGGGGUGGGACCUAAAACGAGUGUUUUCCUGGCACUAUAGUGGUCCUUUAAUUAAAAUUCAAUGGUUAUAAGUUUGAGUCAAUAUAAAUAGCCAUACAAAUGCUAUUUUCUUUGUUAUAAACAGUGUUUCCAAUUGUUGGACUGCGGCUAUGCAUUGCUUCAUGUUAAAGGUUUUUAUAUAUGCUUGGCUGCUCAAGAGUUGCAGAGUCAUAAUUAUCUUGGCCUAUCUGUUACAGCUCACUCCUUGAGCCUGAGAAAAGUUCAGCGUAUCGCUUGCUCCUUAAGGGUUAAAGGCAGCAACUUAUUCAAAAGCAUGAUUAUUAGUCAGCAUUUGUUUGCAAAAGAGAGAUAUCUUGCUUAGUAAGCUGUAGGAUGAUACUGCAGUUUUCAAGCUAUGGUGUUAUCUUUUCUUUAAAAUAAUAUAUGGGUAGUGAAAAAAAGGAAAUUGGCGGCAUCCCUUUUCUACAGACUUAAUAAUUGUAAAGCUUGCAAAUAGAAAUAGGGUAUUACAUGGUCAAGUAAUGUGAAACUUCAUCUAUUCUCCAUUUAUUAACAGUAAAUUUAGACUUUUGUAUGAUAUGUAAAACUGGAUUUUUUUUUUUAAAUGUCCUGAUAAGAAUUUUUAAGAUGGUUAACCUUUUAAGGAUUCCACAUAAUUCAGUCAAAACAUUUUGACAUUGUUUUGUAGAUCAAUGAAUGUUGAGUGUGAUGUUGCAUGGGAGCAAUUUCUCUGUUUGCUGCUAUUCCUGUUUCUUACCACUUAUUUUGUUUUUCUAGGUGACCUUCCAUGAUGAAGUCACUGUGUUCAAUGUAUGUAAUGAAGAGGAUCGGAAAGGUCCCUGGGAGGAGUAUGCAAGGGAUCGCUGCCGAUUCCAGCGUCGCAUACAUGAAACAGAAGUUGCAAUUGGACAUUGCUUGACCACUGAUCACAGACAAAGGAUUUGGGACUGUAUGAGAGAGAGGUGGGACAGCUAGCACCCCCUAAUCAUCACACUAGGUGCAGAAGUUUUUAUUUUAUUUUUUCAAUGAAAUUUUUUUUAUUUAUUUUUUAUUUUUUCCCUUUUCAAGUCAAUUUGACUGCUCUCCCAAAAUUUGGUGAACAGGAGGGAGAAAACCCAUUUCUCAAUUGUGCUAGAGGUCAUUUAUUCUUUCUUCUAAAAAAAGCGCCUUAAUGAAAUUUUUACGUUAAAAAACAUGGACUUUUCAAUUUCUUUUCUUUUGCAGUGUACUGUCUAAUUAUUAACUUUCCUUCUCUAAAUUGAUAGACUUUAAAACCUGCAUUAUUUUCAUUUAAAAAAAAAAAUUAAUUUGCCAGUAGAAGUCAGCUUUGUCGAAUUAUAAAAGCAUGAACACUUUUUUUUAAACCUACAAACCAUAAUGGCUGCAGCUUUUUUUAGUACUUCUCAGUUACUACCCACAUAUGGCAAACUUAAUUUAUAGGACUUAACCUUAGAAAUAAUAUAUUUAUGUUUUUACCAGAAAAACACAUUAAGUUUAAUCAGAAAUUCCCUUAAAUGCCUCUUAAAAAAAUAUUUAUAUAUUUUUAAACUGUAAAACACAUAAUUUCCCACUUUUCAAUUCUGAUUUUGUACUAAUACAUGGAACUUGUAAAUUUAUUAAACUCGUCAAGCUAGUAACCCUUUUUUCCCAGUCACUGUCAAAAAUAAAAAUAAUCUAUGCUGUGGGAAUUAACGUUUCUGUUGCUUGGUUUUAUUGCCGACAAUACAAUUUAUUCGUGAUUCAAUUUACCAUCCUUUUUGGGACUAGGUAACAUUGUCAGUGUUAUUUUGUAUUCCAUCCUAGCUGUGAAGUUAAACAUUGGAGUGCACCCACAAAACAGUAGCUGUGUGUUAAAAUGUACAAAGAUAAACCCAUUUUUCUAUUUCAAACACAAAUUCAUUUUACUGCUGAAGGAACAGUUUGUUACAACAAACUCUGUACUAUACUACUUUAUCAAGUGACAGUUGGAUACUUUGCUGAAUCAAAACUGCAUAUCUAGCAAGCGCAACAUUUUGACCUGCCACUUAAGAUCUAAAAGUUAAAAAAUAAAUAAAAAUGACAGACUUUCUUAUUUGAAUGCACAAAGCAUACAAAAUAAAAAUGUUAUCUUUCGACAAACCUCUGUAGUUGUGGUUUGAAAAUGGCUGUCUGCAAUUUAUUGAAUACAUAGUUUAUCACCCAGACACUGUACCAUUCCUCACUCACCAUAGCUGCUAUCUGUUGAUACAGAUCCCAGUUCAAAACUGUGUGGGCAAUAAAUAUUUUUUGUUUUUGCACCCCCAGUUUAAAGGAGUUUCUGUGCAAAAUAUAACCGUCUUUAUACAACUGCAAACGUGAGAUGUAAAAAUAGAUUUUCUUCAUUUUGGCAGUUCCUCUGCCACCAACCUGUAAUUUCCUCUUCUGUUCAAUUUAGAAUGUCAUAUCUCAUAAUCUGCCUGCAAGAGCCUUCUGUGUGUGGUUUAAA